CCGGGCCCCGCCGCCGCCGCCGACCCCGCCCGCGGCGCCUCCCGGACCCCCGAGGCCCGGCCGCCGGGGGAGGCCCGGGGCGAGCGCGGCGCAUCCGAGGACAGUGACGUCCACGUGGCCAGCGAGGAGGACGAGCGCCAGGAGCCGCUGCUCCCCGCCGCCCGCGACCCCCGGGAGCCCGAGCCCUGCUGCUACAUCUGCGGGUCGCCGCUGUCGCCGGCCACGCGGCGCCGGGUGCACGUGCAGAAGCAGGAGUCGCCGGCGCGCGCGCCCUUCUUCCCCUUCCUGUGCCUGCACAGCCCCCCGCCCGGCGCGCAGCCCAUCUCGGCCGAGGGCAGCACGCUGGUGUGCGCCCGCUGCUUCGCCUCCCUCAGCCAGCAGUGGCAGAGCUUCGAGCUGGCCAGCGUGCCCGUCCUGCAGCGCCUCUACGUGGUGCCCCUCGGCAGCCCCGCGCCCGGCCCCGCCGCGCAGGGCGCGCGCGCCCCCCGCGCCGAGGGCCCGGCGCCCGAGGCCUGCUACCUCUGCGGCGAGGACUGCACCCCCGACGCCCGCGCCGUGGCCUCCCGGAUCGCCAACGGCCACGGGCCCCGGGCCGCCAUGCACUUCCCCUUCCUCAGCCUGCUGCCCUGCCCGCCCAACGCGCGCGGCCCCAACCAGCGCUGCGAGGUGCGCAGCUGCCCCAAGUGCUUCAGCGUGCUGGAGGACGUGUGGGCGCUGUACCGCGCGUGCCGCCGCGAGGAGCUCAUCACCUCGGCGCAGGCCUUCCUGGGCCGCUACCACCAGGCCUUCUCCGCCUGCGACCCCGACCCCGCGCCCGCGCGCGGCAGCCCCGCGCCCGCCUGCUACGUGUGCGGCGCCGAGCUGGGGCCGGGCCGCGAGUUCCAGCUCAGCGUGAACCCCUCGGGCCGCGCGGGCGAGCGGGAGCCCUUCUUCCCCUUCCUGACCGUGUACCCGCCCGCGCCCCGCGCGCGGCCCGCCGAUGGCACCGGCCUGGUGGCCACCUGCGUGCUCUGCUUCCACGACCUGCUGGGCCAGUGGCUGCGGCACGAGGACCGCGACUCGCAGCCGGCCACCAGCGCCUGGGCGCGGCACUACCAGGUGGACACCUUCGUCUGCUUCUUCUGCCGGCAGGAGAAGCGGCGCUGCCUGGGGCUGCGGGCCGUGCGCGUGGCGCGCCUGCCGCUCUUCCUCUACACGCUCCGCGCGCGCCGCAGCCUGCUGGUGGACGACGGGCGGCAGCUCAUCAUCGGCGCCUGCGUGGACUGCGGCACCCUGGUGUGCGCCGGCCAAGGGCCCGGCCCCCCGCCUUCCCUGGGCUGGAGCCCCCCCGCGCCCGCCGCGGCGGCCCAGGUGCCCUCUGUGUCUCUCGAGCCCGCGGCCGCGGCCCACCCUCCCGCCCGUGAACCUGCACCCCGGCCGGAGGCCCCCGCCGAGAGCCUGCCCCGCGCACCCCCCGCGGCACCGGAGCCGGCCCCGCCUCGAGCUCAGCCGAGCAGCACGGACGCGGCCGGGCCCGACGUCGGCGGCACAGGCAUGAGCCAUGAGCCCAAGUCCCCCUCACUAGGGAUGCUCUCGACCGCCACCCGGACCACCGCCGCCGUCAGCCCCCUCGCCCCCUCGCCGCUCAAUGGCGCGCUGGUGCCCAGCGGCAGCCCGGCCAGCAGCUGCGCCCUCUCCCAGGCCGCGCCCUCCUCCAGCUUCGCCGCCGCCCUGCGCAAGCUCGCCAAGCAGGCCGAGGAGCCCCGAGGGUCGUCACUGAGCAGCGAGUCGUCCCCCGUGUCGUCCCCGGCCACCAACCACAGCUCUCCGGCCAGCACGCCCAAGCGCGCACCCAUGGGCCCCAUCAUCGUGCCCCCCGGGGGCCACAGCGUCCCCAGCACGCCCCCCGUGGUCACCAUCGCCCCGACCAAGACCGUCAACGGCGUGUGGCGGAGCGAGAGCCGGCAGGAUGCGGCCUCUCGGGGCAGCAGCAGUGCUCGCGAGCGCCUCAUCGUGGAGCCGCCCCUGCCCCAGGAGAAGGCGGGCGCCCCGGCCAUCCCCCCACACCUGCUCGGCACCCCCUACCCCUUCGGCCUGUCCCCCAGCUCUGUGGUGCCCGACGCCCGCUUCCCUCCGCUCAGCCUGCAGCGCCCGGUGCCCCACGUGGUCCCGCCCAGCACCGUGACGGAGGACUACCUGCGCAGCUUCCGGCCCUACCACGCCGCCGAGGACCUGCGGGUGUCCUCGCUGCCGCCCCUGGGCCUGGACCCGGCCGCCUACUACCACCCCGGCUACCUGGCGCCUCACCCCUUCCCACACCCGGCCUUCAGGGUGGAGGACUCCUACUGCCUGUCGGCCCUGCGCUCCCCCUUCUACCCCGUUCCCGCGCCAGGCUCCCUGCCCCCCCUGCACCCGUCGGCCAUGCACCUGCACCUGUCGGGGCUGCGCUACCCCCCCGAGCUGGCCCACUCGUCCCUGGCGGCGCUGCACUCGGAGCGCAUGUCCACCCUCAGCACUGAGAGGCUGCAGCUGGACGAGGAGCUGAGGCGGGAGCGCGAGCGAGAAGCCGACCGGGAGCGCGAGCGGGAGAAGGAGCGGGAGCGCGAGCGCGAGAAGGAGCGUGAGCGCGAGAAGGAGCGCGAGCGGGAGCGGGAGAAGGAGCUGGAGCGGGAGCGCGAGCGGGAGCGCGCCCGGGAGAAGGAGCUGCUGGUGGCCAAGGCCCUGGAGCCCACCUUCCUGCCCGCGGCCGAGCUGCACGGGCUCCGCCACGCCGCCGAGGAGCGCGCCAAGCCGGCCGAGCGCCUGACGCCCACGCGAGCAGAGAAGCUGAAGGAGGUGGGCCUGGCGGUGCCCAAGGCGGGGCCGCAGCCCCUGCACCCGCUGCCCGCCCCGCACCAUGCGGUGCCUGGGCUGCUGUCGGGCCACGGGCUCUUCUCGCUGCCGGCCAGCAGCGCGGCCGCGGCCCUGCUCAUCCAGCGCACCAACGAGGAGGAGAAGUGGCUGGCGCGGCAGCGGCGGCUGCGGCAGGAGAAGGAGGACCGGCAGACGCAGGUGUCCGAGUUCCGCCAGCAGGUCCUGGAGCAGCACCUGGACAUGGGCCGCCCACCGCCGCCCGCCGAGGCCGAGCACAGGCCCGAGAGCACCAGGUCCAUGUCCGGCCGCCAGGAGCCGAGCAGCCGGGACCCCCCGCAGCAUUUCGGGGGCCCCCCACCCCUCAUCUCGCCGAAGCCUCAGCACCACCCCGUGGCCACGGCCCUCUGGAACCCCGUGUCGCUGAUGGACAGUGCUCUGGAGCCCCGGCGCGGCCCCGACAGUCACGCCCUGCCCGGCCGGCCCGCCGCCCUGCCGCUGGUGAAGGCGGAGCGUGUGCACGGCCCCGAGAAGGCCGACGAGGGGCUCCGGAAGCGCGAAGUUGCCCCCACGGACAAGUUCCUGCCCCCUGCCCGCGAGGCCGGGCCCCUCGAGCACGCGGCCUUCCCGCCCGGCCCGGGGCCCUUCCUGGCGGAGCUGGAGAAACCCGCGCAGACCCUGCUGGGCUCCCCGCGGGCCGCCCUCCCCCAGCCCGGCUCCCCGUACCGGCCCGCCCUGCCCGCCCUGCCCGCUGUGCCCCGGCCCCCCGACCCCGCCUACGUCUAUGACGAGUUUCUGCAGCAGCGCCGGCGCCUGGUCAGCAAGCUGGACCUGGAGGAGCGGCGGCGGCGCGAGGCCCGGGAGAAAGGCUACUUCUACGACCUGGACGACUCGUAUGACGAGAGCGACGAGGAGGAGGUCCGCGUGCACCUGCGCUGCGUGGCCGAGCAGCCGCCCCUCAAGCUGGACACGUCCUCGGAGAAGCUGGAGUUCCUGCAGCUCUUCGGCCUGACCACGCAGCAGCAGAAGGAGCAGCUGCUGAGCCAGAAGCGGCGCAAGCGGCGGCGGCUGCUUCGGGAACGGAGCCCCUCGCCCCCCGCCGCCAGGUGCCGGCGCCAGACGCCCUCGCCGCGGCCCGUGCUCUGCACCCGCUACAGCCCCGACGACAUGAACAACGGGCCCAACUUCGAGGAGAAGAAGAAGUUCCUGGCGGCCUUCAGCCUGACCCACAUCAGCGCCGAGAAGAGGAAAGACAAGGAGAGGCUGGAGGAGACGCUGCGGGCCCUGAAGCAGAAGGCACUGUCCGCGGCCCUGGACUCGCUCCGGAGCUCCCCGCGGGACCGCGCCGCCUCCCUGAGCGAGCCUGCCACACAGCCCGCCUCCAUGGACGCAGAGAAGCCAGGGGCCGCCGCUGCCUCCUUGUCUGACAUUCCCAAGGCCUCGGAGCCCCCGCGAGCCCCGGACCCAGCUCCCGCCAGCGGCGAGAAGAGCAGGAAGGGCCUGAGCCUGCCGCCCGGCCUCCAGGGCACGGCGCCCCACGGCCUCGACGGCAAGACCAAGCCCUGGGCGCCCUUCGUGGCCGAGGAGUUCGCGCACCAGUUCCAUGAGUCGGUGCUGCAGUCCACGCAGAAGGCGCUGCAGAAGCACAAAGGGAACGCGCUGCUGUGUGUGGAGCCGCACAAGGUCGAGACGUCCGUCCACUACAACAUUCCCGAGCUGCAGCCCCCCGGGCGGCUGCCCCUGCCCCUGCACGACGGCCCGCAGGAGCCCGCCGCGCCCAGGAAGGGCCCCCUCGCCCAGGAGGUGGACCCGGACUCGGGGGAGGAGGAGGAGGACGAGGAGGAUGAGGAGGAGGACGAGGAAGGGCCCAGGCCCCGGUGGCAGGGCAUCGAGGCCGUGCUGGAGGCCUACCAGGAGCACCUGGAAGAGCAACAGGUGGAGCGGCAGGUGCUGCGGACCCAGUGCCGGCGGCUGGAGGCGCAGCACUACAGCCUCAGCGUCACGGCCGAGCGGCUGUCGCACAGCAUGGCGGAGCUGAGGAGCCAGAAGCAGAAGGUGGUCUCGGAGCGGGAGCGGCUGCAGGCCGAGCUGGACCACUUACGGAAGUGCCUUGCCUUGCCCGCCACGCACUGGCCGCGGGGUCACUUCAAGGGGUACCCCAGGUGACGGCUCCCCUCGCACUAGGCCCCGCCCAUAGCAUAGAAAUAUUAUCUAUUUUAUUACCUUGAAUAUUUAAUAUUUUUCACUGGGAGGUUUGAAGCUUAAAAGAAUAAAAUAAAACAAGAAUGUGCCAUGCAUGACGCGACAGCCCCAGGUCCCGGCACGGGACCCGCCAGCCACGGGAGCCGCCGCGGGACCCGAGUCUCGGCAGAGGCCGGUUCGCUUCUCCCCGACGCUCUCGCUCGGCCGAGGGACGGCCCUCGCCAACACUAAGGCCUCGCCGCGGUCACUCCGGGGCCGCUUCCUGCCUCCGCGACUCCUGCCCCCGGGCUGGCCGGCCGCUCCCUUCUCAGCGUCCCCUCGGAAGCGCGGCCACACCAGCCGGAAGGCCCAAGCUCUUCCCGGGCCCCGCCCUGCGCCCCCACGCGUCACUCUGAGAAGGGCCGAGGGUGCUUCAGCCUUGUACUGUGUAUAUAGAUUAAAAAACAAAGUUUUGUAUGUUUUUAUUACUUUAAUUAUUGUUAUAAAAAGCCUGCCAUUUUUAAUAUGUGGUGGGGGGUGUUUGUUUUCCUGUUUGGGGGUUUUGUUUUCCCUGUUUGUUUUUGCUUUUCCGGGCAGAAACUUGCUUUAGUGUUUGUACUGCUGCUGGUCAGGACAUUAAAAUAUUGAAAUGUUUUUUAAAGUCCAACGCACUUACCCCGGCGGCGCCCGCUCGACCCUUCCCGCCCGCGCCGCACCCGGGAACUCUGGGUGCCCACUGGGCCCCUCCGGGGGAAGCCGCCUCAGGAGGGCUGGGGCCAGGCCUGCGGAGACUCGAGCCGUGUCCCGGUGGGCGGGGGCACCACCAGGCCGAGGGGACCAGCCCAGGGGCCAAAGGUGGCGUGGAGGCGUCUGGCCGGAGACCAGCCCAGCCGCUGUGCUCGGGGCCCUCGGGCAGCUCUGCGGGGCUGUAUCUGCCCGGUUUGCUCUCGUCAGCAGGGACCUUCCAGUCUCGGCAAACUGACAGGUGCGGCCCGGGCCUGGCGCAGGUGGACUGGCCGCGUGGGGGGGCUGCGGUCAGGGCCCGGGACCCCUGUCCCCCCGCAUGGCCGCCCCAGCUGUCCCCGGCCCUCCUUCAUCAGGGCUUUUGCGAGCUGCCGGGGUGGGAGAGUGUCGAGCAGCUGAGCCCCCUCGCGGCCGUCCUCUUUCCUGUGAGGGAGCGGCUCUGGCCCUGGCCGAAGCUGGUGGUCUUACCCUGCGUGUGGAGACGGGCAGCCGGGCCUCACCUGCGGCCACUGCGCGCCCCCGAAACCAGGCGGUCAGUGGCGAAGCCCAGCAAGGUCCAGUGGGAGGAACCGUUCUUGUUUACGUAAUUCAGAACCAGACCUUAACGCAGCGUCUGACGGGCCAGUCGACCAGGCUGGAGAGGGAAAGGCGUGAGCACGGAGCCCGGGGCGCUCCGGUCAGCAGCUGGCGGGGUCUGCACCUGGCCUGGACCACGCCCAGCACCGCCAGGACCCACCGCCAGGGGGCGCCACCCAGAGACCCGCGGGCGACCCUGCGGGGAAGCUGGCCUGGUCUGCGGAACUCACUGUAUUGUAAUAUUAUUUGUUGAAUGUAGUAAUUAGGUAUUUAUGAAUACAUGGCUGUAAUUUCUGACAACACCCAAAAAAAUAAAAUCCUCCUGAAUCAGA